AUGGCUACUGAAUAUUGGAGAAAAUUAUAUGAAAAACCAGUUGAUGCAGAAGCAGAAGAAUUCUUUAUUACCAAUUUUGACAAAUCAAUAACUGACGAUCAACGAAAUGAAUUAAAACAAAGUAUCACUUUGGAAGAUUUAUAUGAACAUUUGAAAGAAAUCAAAAAAUCAACCACCCCAGGUUCUGAUGGAACUACAUAUGAAACUAUCUAUAUUUUUUGGGACAGAUUAGGUCCAUCAUUGACCAAGGUAGCUAAUGCAAUAAUGGAAAAAGGAAAACUACCACAUUCAAUGAAGCAAAUUUUAAUCAGUCUAAUACCCAAAAAGGAUAAAGUUUUGAAAACAGUAGAUAAUCAUAGACCUAUUUCAGUAAUCAAUUGUGGUUUAAGAUUGAUUUGUUCAUAUUUUGAAUCUAAACUUCAACCAAUAAUACAAUGA